GCGCGCUGUUGUGUUCCGACCGUCGUUGAGGCGUCACUGCCGCUCUGCGCGCCGUGAGUGUAUCGAUAUAACAAAAGUUUUACAAGACGUGCUAUGUGUUGUGCUGUGCUGUGUACUUGUGUCAGUGACCCGGAAAUGUUACUGUGAUAUAAAAUGGCAUUGAAAAAAGAUUUCGACCUGCCAAAAAACAUUUUCAAAAUCAAACUGCCCAAAAACGUGAAAAUACAACAGGCGUUCGAUAAAAUCUUCAAGAAAAAUCAAUAUACUAAAAUAGUGCAAAGUUAAACUACACAAUCUGUCUGGUUAAAUGGCCGGUGAAUUUAGUGCAAAUAUUAGUAGAAGUAGCAAAUCUGAAACAGAACCGCCGGAUCGCAAAUCACCAAACUUUAUAACGGACGAAACGCAGUUUGUCGGUAGAGGUGACAUAAAAACAUCAACUCCUAUAAACAAGCACAAGAGAAGCAGAAGUCGUAGUGGGAAUAGAGUGACCCCAUCUGCCUUGAGUUUGUCUGAUGAGAAUUUCUAUUUGGAAUUAGAGGAAUACGUGAAAGAAAUGUCGGCAUCGAGAGAUACCAGCGCUAUGGAUUCGAGCGUUGAGCCCGACGUGUGGAGUCAGUUGCAGCAGAAGGAAUCUGACCUUUUGCUGGCUGCGGAGCUGGGUAAGGCGCUUUUGGAGAAAAAUGAAGAACUCAAGAAGGAGCAGGACAAAUUGACCGAGGAGUACUCCAAAAAACUCGAGGAGUUGGAACAAGAGAAACAUCUGCUUCGACGGCGGCUGGACACCACGCAGGGGGAGUAUGAGGCGAGGAUACUGGAGCUGCAGAACGACAUCAAAGAGCUGUCUGCUAAAAUCGGAUCGAGGGAUACUUCAGUCAAACAGGUAAUACUUAUAACUAAUAUAGAUUUGGGUUUAGUAUGACUUAAGGAAGCUAAA